AGCGAUGGACACUGACGUGGAGGAUUUGGAAAUUAUCAUAGAUAUUGAGAAAACUGAGAAGAAGCUGUCAGAUGGAGAGAAGAAGCUGUCCGAUCUGAGAGAAUACCACGACAAGCUUGUACACCGGCUAAGAGAGAGGGAGAGCCACCCAUUAGCUACGACAGCUGUGCCCACAUAUGAAGAGCUGAAGAAGAUGCUAACUCCAGCUCCCCCCGAUUUAACAGAUUUGUCACUAUACGCCCCCUAUCCUCCUACACGAUAUCUCGAGUACUGUGAGGCUCACUCUCCUCGGCAGGUAUCAGACCAGGACGUUAAACAGGACGUUGAGAUACAGUUAGAGCAGUGGCGCGCCUCGCUGGAACCUUUUGACAGGGCCAUUCUACGCGGCGAGGUUACGCCUGAGGGAGAGAUGGAGCGCGGUGAGGUUACGCCAAACAGAGAGAAUUGUAAGGAGAAUUGCGAGGUUAAACCUCAAAUCGCAGACUCUACUAAUUCUAAAUAA